CAGCCGCCGCACGAUGCCGGGGCCCCGCGGGCUCUGCCUGCUCGCCCUGCUGCUGGGCAGCCCCGCGGCCCCGCGGCCAGACAGCGGCUCGGGAGCAGCGCUGGUCCCUGCCAGCCCGGACCCUCUCGCCGCGGAUGAGCUGGGGGAGAAGACAGCCCAUGGAGCCGGGGAGCAGGGACACGCCAUGGGUUCAGCCGGAGCCAGGGAGCUGGGACACGCCACUGCCCUCAACCUGCUGCCGGCCCUGGAGGACGGCACCGAGCCGGCAGCGGAGGAGCCGGCGCCGCUGGUGCAGGGCCCCGCGCUGCCAGCGCCCACCACGGCCCCGGAUGCUGCUGUGAAACAGACGUUCCCUGUUAAGAAAAAGCCGCCCACUCCGAAGCACCCAAAUGCAGCGAGGAAGCACCCGAGGCCCAAGGCUGCCCCGCCGGGGUCCCCCCGGGCUGCCUCCCCGGCCAGCCCCAUGCACCCCAGGCUCCCCACUGCCUCCCAGGAGCCGCGGGCAGCAGCCGGGGAUGGGGACACCGAGCAGGGCCCCACCGAGCUGCCCUGGGGGGGCCGGGCCACCACCAGCCGCCCUGUGCUGCAGAUCUCCCCGUCCACCCUGCCACCGACAGCACCGUGGCACCUCACUGACAGCGCCGGUGAUGCCGGCAGCGCUCCCACCGCGGCUCCCACCCGGGAUGCUGGUAACCAGACUGAGAGCUCAGAGACAGAGGUGCACACGGCAGAGGAGAGCCAAGAAACCACCACAUCCACCAUCAUCACCACCACCGUCAUCACCACAGAGCCCACCCCGGUCCUCUGCAGCAUGAGCUUCCACGACCCCGAGGGCUACAUCGACUCCACAGACUACCCACCACUGCCCCAGCACAGCUACCUGGAGUGCACCUACAACGUCACCGUCUACACCGGCUACGGCGUCGAGCUGCAGGUGAAGAGCGUGAACCUGUCGGACGGGGAGGUGCUCUCCAUCCGCGGCGUGGACGGCAAUGCCCUCGUGGUCCUGGCCAACCAGACGCUGCUGGUGGAGGGCCAGGUGAUCCGCAGCCCCACCAACACCAUCUCCGUCUACUUCCGCACCUUCCAGGACGAGCUGGUGGGGACCUUCCAGCUCCACUACCAGGUGUUUAUGCUGAGCUGCAACUUCCCACGGAGGCCCGACUUCGGAGACGUCACCGUGAUGGAUUUGCACUCGGGGGGAGUUGCUCAUUUCCACUGCCACCUGGGCUACGAGCUGCAGGGUCCCAGGGUGCUGACGUGCAUCAACGCGUCGAGGCCGCACUGGAGCAGCCCGGAGCCCAUCUGCUCAGCGCCCUGCGGCGGGACGGUCCGGAACGCCACCAUCGGCCGCGUCCUCUCGCCCAGCUACACUGGGAACCAGUCGAGCAGCAUGUACUGCGUGUGGGCCAUCAGGGCCCCCCCGGGCCAGAAGCUGCACCUCCACUUUGAGAAGCUGCUGCUGACAGAGAGGGACAGGAUGGUGGUGUACAGCGGGGACACGAACCAGUCCGCGGUCCUCUACGACUCGCUGCGUGCCGACAGCGUGCCCUUCGAGGGGGUGAUCAGCGACGGCUCCUCCAUCAGGAUCGACUUCCUGGCCGAGGAGCCCGCAGCUGCCACGGCUUUCAACAUACGCUUCGAAGCCUUCGAGCGGGGCCACUGCUACGAGCCCUACAUCCAGAACGGGAACUUCACCACCUCGGACCCCACCUACAACCUGGGCACCACGGUGGAGUUCACGUGCGACCCCGGGCACUCCCUGGAGCAGGGUCCUGCCGUCAUCGAGUGCGUCAACAUGCGGGACCCGUACUGGAACGACACGGAGCCGCUGUGCCGAGCCACGUGCGGGGGGGAGCUGACUGCUGUGGCCGGCGUGAUCCUGUCCCCAAACUGGCCGGAGCCCUAUGCGGAGGGGGAGGAUUGCAUCUGGAGGGUCCACGUUGGUGAGGAGAAGAGGCUGUUCCUGGACAUCCAGCUCCUGAACCUCACCAACAGCGACAUCCUCACGGUUUACGACGGGGACGAGCUCACCGCGCGCAUCCUGGGCCAGUUCGUGGGCAGCAGCGGCCCGCAGAAGCUCUACUCCUCCAGCCCCGACCUCACCAUCCAGUUCCACUCGGACCCGGCCGGGCUCGUCUUCGGGAAGGGGCAAGGAUUCAUCAUGAACUACAUCGAGGUGUCCCGCAACGACUCCUGCUCCGACCUGCCCGAGAUCCAGAACGGCUGGAAAACCACAUCACACACGGAGCUGGUGAGAGGGGCCAAGAUCACCUACCAGUGCGACCCGGGCUACGACAUCGUGGGCAGCGACACCCUCACCUGCCAGUGGGACCUCAGCUGGAGCAGCGACCCCCCCUUCUGCGAGAAGAUCAUGUACUGCACGGACCCGGGGGAGGUGGAGCACUCGACCCGGCUCAUCUCCGACCCGGUGCUGCUGGUGGGGACCACCAUCCAGUACACGUGCAACCCCGGCUUCGUGCUGGAGGGCAGCUCCCUGCUGACCUGCUACAGCCGUGAGACCGGGACGCCCAUCUGGACCUCACGGCUCCCGCACUGUGUCUCCGAGGAGUCGCUGGCCUGCGAUAACCCAGGACUGCCGGAGAACGGCUACCAAAUACUUUACAAGCGCCUCUACUUGCCAGGAGAGUCGCUGACCUUCAUGUGCUAUGAGGGCUUUGAACUCAUGGGGGAGGUGACCAUCAAAUGCAUCCUGGGGCAGCCGUCCCACUGGAGCGGACCCCUGCCCAUCUGCAAAGUGAAUCAAGACAGCUUUGAACACGCUCUGGAAGUAGCAGAAGCUGCUGCAGAGACAUCGCUGGAGGGAGGAAACAUGGCCUUAGCCAUAUUCAUCCCGGUGCUGAUCAUCUCCUUGCUGCUGGGAGGAGCCUACAUCUAUCUCACAAGGUGUCGGUACUACUCCAGCCUCCGCCUGCCCCUCAUGUACUCCCACCCCUACAGCCAGAUCACGGUAGAAACGGAGUUCGACAACCCCAUCUAUGAGACAGGGGAAACAAGAGAAUACGAAGUUUCGAUAUAAGGACAGUGGUAAGAGUCUCUGGCUGCGAACUUACUGUGCUCUCAUAGACCUUCCUCAGUAACUAAUCCAGAGCCCACGUGGAGUUUGGUUGGACCCCUGGACCUGCUGUUGUCUUUCCUUUUGCCUCUUUCUGGAAGAUUUUACUGUUUUCUUCACUGUAUUUAUUCUAUUUAAGCUGGGGUAGGUGUGCUGCAGAGCCCGGGCGCAGGCAGCAGCGGGGCAGGGCUGGGUCCAGCGAGGCCAGGGCAGUGUGAGGGGCUCCCACCGCGUCCCCCAGCGCGGGGACACAUCCCCUGGCUCUGUUCACACACACACAGAGCGGGGUUAUCGCGGUUCUGGUGUCAGAAUUAAACCCGUCUCCAUCGCAGGAGCCCGCAGCCCACUGCAGGGAGCCCAGGUUUGCCACGGGGUCCCGCAGCCCUCCCCACCCCGCGGCUCCCAGCUCCCCUCUGCCCGAGCAGGGGCCGCAGUGGGUUGUGUGCCAGCAGCACGGGGACCGUCCUGGCUGUGGGAGCAGAGCGGGGCUCAGGACCGCUGCCGGCCGGCACAGGGGUGGCCUGGCACGCACUCCGUACGUCUCGCUUUGCUUUCCCUGCUUCGCUUUGGAUGCCGGAGAGGCGGCGGGCCGGGAGUCCCAGCCCUACGGAGAGGCACUAAGCAGUGAGCCCAGCAGCCCGGAGCCAUGGGGAGCUCACACAGUGAAGGGGAGCUCUGCAGCCUGUGCCUCUUCAGCCACGCUCGCCAUGACCCUUGCCAUGAGAACCCAGCGGUCUCCCCUUACCCCUCGGUAGCAUCUCAGGGUAAGCAGGAUGGGCUACAGGGGGGUCCCCAGCGUGCAGGUGGUGGUGCCGGGCGGGCACCAAGGCAGUGCAGCCCACCCAGGGCUCUGUAGCUCCCACCUGAAGCCCCCAUGCUGGGGCUCAUGGUGGGACAGGCAAUGGAGAGGGGAUGGAAAUGGAGGUUAUUGGGGCAGGAAGGGCAGGCAGUGCCUGGCUCUGGCACAGACCAGCCCGUGGGGAGCAGGACAGGCAGGGAUCAGCCCCUCAAAGCAGGUCCCACCACAGACAAGCCCCAGUCGGAGCCUCAGCACCCCCUGCACUCUCCCAAUGCCUUCACCCCUGCCAGAGCCAGGCACCACAGGGCUGCCUCCCAUCCCUGUGGACCCCUAAGGGCCACCUCCUCCCCAGGCCCCCCAUGCCACCAACCUCCAUAGCCAGGCCCUGGGGAGGGCAGCGAAGCCACCACCGUGUCCUGGGCUGCCGGUGCCUCUCCUUUGCCCCUGUAGAACAGCAAUUGCAACCACGGGAGGCUGGUUUAGUUCCGGGGUGGUUCGUGCAUCUCUGCAGUGUACAGCUGAGACUGAGGGGUGGUUUUUUCCUUUAAAAACAAUGAAUGUGUGUUUGUAAUUUGUAAAGGUUAAAAAAAAAAAAAAGGAAAAAAAAAGAAAAAACGUGCCAAAAAUGUACGAAGCAUUUCAUUUCCCUUCAUACAGGUCUGUUUUUAUAAGAACAAUGUGAAAAUUGCUGGGAUUAAAUAUUUUUGAACAUGA